CUGCUGCAGAAUAUAAUUUACCAUGUUUAGGCUCUGUUUCUGAUGAACACACUGCAAUUACUAAUUAUAUGAAUCAAAUAAUUAAAAUUUCAUUGGUUGACAUAAAAAAAAUAAAUGAACCUGAAGAGUCAAUAGAGUCUGAAGAAGAAGAUAUUGUGGAUUUGGAAAUUAUACAAAAAGUCAUUGAUACAAUGGGAAUAGGUAUUCAUCGUAGUGCAAAAGACAUUUUAUGUUAUAUUAUUCCACAGUUGCAGAAACAGCAAAUAUUAAAAUCAUCAGAUCCAACUAUUCAUCUACAUGUUUCUGGUGAUGAACAGAAUGUAGGAAGGAAAAUUAAACAUGUCAUGGUGACAUUUAUGAUCUUAAACCAUGAGGAUAAACAUCAUCAUGCAGAUUAUCAUUAUACUAUAGCAUUAUAUCCAGGCACUGAAAAAUAUGAUCUGCUUAAAUUUAUGUUAAAUCCUUUUCUUGAUGAGUUACGAUCACUCAAAAAUGAUGGAUUAAAAAUAUCUGGAGUUUUAUGGAAAUUUGAGUUAUAUUUUAGUGCAGAUUGGAAAUUUUUGGCUAUUUGUCUUGGAUUAAAUGGUCCUACUGCUAAUUAUUUUUGCCCUUGGUGUCUAUGUUCAAAACAUCAACAUG